AUGUCAGGUAGUGGACGAAAGAGUGCGUACCGCAAAGGCGUGACCAAACGCGUGCUAUAUGGAGAACCCGAACCUAAAGAUAAUGAAAGCAUCGUGCGUGUUAUUGCAUUGCGAGGUACUAAUCUGUUUGAGGUGGUGGAUGUAUCUGGCACAAAAUCUGUAACGAUGUUGCCAACAAAAUUUCGCAAGCUCAUUUGGGUGAAACGAGGUGACUAUCUAAUCGUUGGCGAAGGUGAUGGAGGAGAGACUACAACGGCCACGGGCAAGAAGGGUGCCGUAACGUCUAUUGUGGAGCAUAUUUUGUACAAAGAUCAAAUUGAACAUCUCAAGCAAAAAAAACUUUGGCCUUCCGCGUUUGACGAUUCGUCUGUAGAGCAGAUGGGAAUUCAAGACGGAAGUGUUGUUCAUAAAAAACAAGAGAACGAGAUCAGCGAAGUACAGCCAUCCAAGGGACUGACCAUGGUGGAAGACCAUUUUGCAUCAAUGCACGUGAAUCGGAAUCGUCGCAAGGGCCACUUUGACGAGGAGUCAGACGAUGAUAGUGACGACGAGUGA